CUUCAGAAACACUAGAAAAUGGCGGAUCCGAUCUUCUUCUGCCGCUCCUGGCGUCGAUCUCAACACUCUACAGUCCGCCAUCGAUAUGGGUGUUGGAUCCUCACAAUAAGUGAGAUGUGUUGGAAUUAAAUGCAGGAGUCAUGGUAACAGUUUCCAAAUGAAAAAUCUUAUACAAGGCAAAUAAAAAAGUUGAAACGUUUGUAAAUUGAAAACCUGAACAGUUGUUGUGCAUGGUGGGUGCAAGGAAUGGUGAAUACAGCUUGUCAAACAAAUCUUUUAAAGAUAGCAAUGCUGUUAAAGAGGCACUUGAUCAGCUGAGAGAAGUUGGUUGGGCCAAGAAAUGGAGCUCUCAGCCAUAUGUUUCGCGCCGUAUGGUCAGUCCCCAUUACAAGUGUGAAGUUCUGGGAAAGUGCUACUCAAACAUUAGCACAUCUACAAACCCAUGCAUACAUACAUCUCUUCGGGAGCUGACAACCCUUGGAAUGAAGAAUGCGGAAAACCUUGCAAUUCCAAGUGUUAGAAAUGAUGCAGCUUUUCUUUUUACGGUAGUGGGGACAACAGGAUUUUUAGGUGUUCUUGCUGGCCAGCUUCCUGGGGAUUGGGGCUUUUUUGUGCCAUACCUGAUUGGGAGCAUCUCUUUAAUAGUUUUGGCUAUUGGCAGCAUUUCCCCUGGGCUUCUUCAGGCUGCCAUUGGAGGAUUUUCAUCAUUUUUUCCUGAUUAUCAGGAGAGGAUUGCUAGACAUGAAGCAGCCCAUUUUUUAGUUGCAUAUCUGCUUGGCGUUCCUAUCCUGGGCUAUUCACUGGAUAUUGGAAAAGAGCAUGUGAAUCUCAUAGACGAAAGGCUGGAAAAACUGAUAUACAGUGGGCAGCUCGACACCAAGGAACUAGACAGGUUGGCGGUUGUAGCAAUGGCUGGACUUGCAGCAGAAGGCCUGCAAUAUGACAAAGUGGUUGGUCAAUCUGCCGAUCUUUUCACUCUUCAGAGAUUUAUAAACCGGAGCAAGCCACAGCUCAGCAAAGAUCAGCAACAAAAUCUUACCAGAUGGGCUGUUUUAUUUGCGGGAUCCCUCAUUAAAAACAACAAAGCAAUUCAUGAAGCUCUGAUGACAGCAAUGUCAAAGAAGGGGACCGUAUUGGAGUGCAUCGAAGCAAUUGAGAAAGCUUAGUGGUUCUGGAACUGGAAGCUCCAUGAACAGCAGUCAGUCUCUCCAGAAUUUCAUUUUUAAUUCAAUUAUUAAUAGUGAUUGAAUUGUAGCUCUGUUUUGCUAGGCCACAUAAUUUUCGUUCCAAACCAGAGUUGCAAUUUGAGCAGGAAGACUAGACUCAACCCACCGGAACAAUAAUUUUUUCCCAUGCUCAGGUCAACUUGAGUUAAGUUUUUCAAA